UGCCCAACACCAUCGGCCUUGGUUGCUUCAUCGCUAAUUACUUCAUCUGAAUCUGUGACACCCACGACAUUAUCGUCAGCUGGUUGGUGCGCAGCGAAGUCGGAUAAACAACAAUCUAUCACCUUACACUUUACUGUCCCUAAAGUUAUUGAGAAGAUAAGGUUUGACAAAAUGGCUGAGGGCGAAGUCACUUCAAUUCGAAUUCGCUACCACGAAGAAGAAGGACGACCGCUACGCGAAUUAGCGGUCGAUGGAAAGGAUGAAUUUAUCGUGAACAGCGGCUCGUCUUCGGGCGGAUUUUUCGAUUUCCCUUAUUCCAUAGAAUCUCGAAUAGUGGAGAUUUCCAUAGCAUCGUUUAAGUCUGCAGCAUGCUUGAAAGUG